AUGUUUGACGACUGGGUCUUCCAAUACCUCCCGAAGAUUUUUUGCGGAUUAGCAUUCUUUGUCAAUCCGAUUUUUAUAUAUAUGAUAUUCUCAGAGAAUACAAAAAAAUUCGGAAACUAUCGGUUCCUUCUUUUGUUCUUCGCGCUAUUCAAUUUGACCUACUCGGUGGUGAAUGUUGUUGUGCCGUUGGACAUCCACAACUACCGCUACUGCUUUUUCCUAUUCCUUAAACAUGGCUGGUUUGUCGAGCCAUCCGAAUUUCACUUCAACCUCCUUGUUGCUCGUUGCUCACUGGUUGCCGCAAGUUAUGCCAUUCUUCUGAUCCACUUUAUCUAUCGAUACCUAGCAAUCCAUAACUCCAAAUUUACCAGAGAAAAGUUUUAUCAGUACAUGACAUUUUCUGUGCUAGUUUUUGCAAUGUACUUUGGAGUUUGGCAUGCGAUAUGUUACUACCCGGGACGCGCAAACGUCGAAAUCAAAAAAUAUAUUCGUGAAGACUUCCGCGAGCUUUAUGGCAGUGACUCAAUGUAUUUCAAUAUGCUGGGAGCGCUCUUUAAUGAAGGGUCCGAAGAAACAACAUUCCAAUCGUGGGUGGCAGUAAUUUUGUGGUCAUCCUUAUCAACUAUUUCAAUAGUUAUGUUUUUGGUUUUGGCAGUGAUGACUAUCAAAAAACUCAAAAAAAUGGCGCCGAACACUAGCCGUAAAACAUCUAAAUUCCAAGUAGAACUCCUCCGAGCCCUAGUUGUGCAAACUGUCAUCCCAAUAUUCAUCAGCUUUUCUCCCUGUCUAUUAUCCUGGUACAGUCCAAUGCUUGGGAUUCAACUGGGGAGAGGCAUAAACAACAUAGAGGCGAUGGCUCUUGGUGUGUUUGCGUUUGUGGACCCAGUGGCAAUUAUCUUGUGUCUUCCGAUUUUUCGUAACAGGAUAUUCCGAGUUUGUCGUGGAGGCUCAAUAUUAAAGUCUGCGAAAUCUAGCACGGUGCAGACUAAUUGA